AUGCAACGUAAGCCAUCGACAUUGCCCGCAAUAGAAACGUUGCAGCGAAAUGUGCGCAAAGUCCCGACCACGUACAGCAGAAAACCUAGAGAUCUUACUUUUCACUUCCCGCAUAAAAAGCUCUUAGAGAAAAUAGAACAUGUUGCAAAAGACCCAGAACCGUUGACUGGUUUUUCUUUUGCCCAAGAAGAGAGAUUUAGAAAAGAAAGAAAACACGCUAAAUUGCAAUUAGAACCAAUUAAGUUGGAUGAUGGGAAAGAAAAAAGGAAGAAAAUUAAGAUUCAAGAAUCUCGCAGUAAUUCGGACGUGGCUAAGGCGCAAAUGACCACUGACCCUCUCAAGAUCAAACCUGUGGUAGCUUCACAGACCGAAGUGAUUGAACAGAUUCGCAGCAAUCUGGAUUUAGGCUUCCUCUAUAUGAUUUAUGCUGUUCACCCGCAAAAUGUGUACUUCACACCGUAUUAUCUUAAAGUGGUACCUUAUGACGAGAUAGAUAGAAAGAACUACUUAACUAUAAGUCCCUGUGGUGUGACUCACUUCACGAAUGAGAUGGUAUUUACAAAAUUACCCGACUGGGAACAAGAGUAUACAAUAUUCGUGUCACUUACUGACAUAAAGUUUUUCCGUAAUUAUCGGUACUGGAAAGCAUUUUACGUGUGGCAGAAAUCGAUAUUGUUCAGGAAGUAUAGCAAAACACGAAAGAAGAUUGCUAAGAAGUUAUUUAUACUCACUCCAGUGUUGGGAAAAGCACUAUUAAGUAUGCAGUCUAUGUGCUGCGACAUGUAUAUGAAAAGCUUUGCGGAUGUGUCGAGAGAUAUGGACACAGCUUUUUUUUACUUCAUUGAAGUGCAGAUGAAGCGAGUUGAGUUCAUACGUGAAAAAUUAAGAGAGUUCCGCGCGAUUGUAUUGGAUCUCAUUAUCGCAGCAUGUCACGCAGCACUAUACCAACAAGGGUUUAUCUAUGACGAUAGGAACAUACCUCCUUUUCAGAUUAUACGCGGAAAGCCUACAGGAGGCAUGUCAUAUACGGAAAAGGCUAAUAAAAGGAACUAUUGUGAGAGAUUGGCGUGUUUCAUAAAGCUAAUGGAUUAUAUGACAAAUUAUAUGUUGUAUCGCCUCACAAAGAGAUCAAAUGCAAUGAUGGCCGAUAUGCUUCGUAUUCAUGUCCAAUAUCAACCCUCUAUUGAACUGCUUGAGAGCACUGAAGUGGAUGAGGUCUUAGAGGAUUGGCCGAGGCCGAUUGAUACUUGCAAGUGGGCGCUGUUUCAAGUUGAUGCUUAUGUUAAGCCUUCGGGAAAGAUAGAACUGAAUCCUAGUGAAAAAAUUAUAUCCUCCUACAUGGAGAAAAUCACGGACUACUGGGAGGAGUACGUCCGUACAUUUCACAACUUCCUCAACGAAGAAACGUUACAGAUAUUCGUUCAACCAACUAUCAUGGGAAAACAGGUUGAAUGGUCGGCGGGACAGUCGCCAAACCUAUAUUUCUUAAUGCACCAAGACAAGAAAAUGCUAGCAGACCUCAAUUUUAUACCGCAAUGUAUUAGAGAUGGAUUUGAUGCUGUAUGGAUAUUCCUGAAGCGAAUGAAUAAGUUUAUGAAUAGUUUUAGAGAAGCAAAUGAAAUAGAUGUGAAUAUAAUAAGACAGGAAAGGAAUGUAGAAGUGUUCAAGAAGUGGUGUGAUAAGUUUGUUAAGCAGAUAGAAGAGAUCGAGGACGUAGUUAGCUACCAACCACUUGGGUUGAUUUUCUUGUGCCUGUGUCCAUUCCAAGAACUGUUUAGGCCACAACCGAGGAGACUGUUUGAUGUGGUACAGACUACGACGCCUGACAUCGGUCGAGCCUGCAUAGACGAAAUAUUAGAAGGUAUAUCCGGUAUCGAAGAUGACAUAAACAAAGAACCGGAGAGCGCUGGAGAGCUUGUCGCAUUCAACACCCUACUGGAUGGCUUGGAAGUGCGAGUUGCUAAACUGGAGGAGAGACUAGAAUAUUUGAGGGAGUUAUAUGAUGUAAUGGGAGAAUUUAAUAUUGCUAUUCCACCUGAUGAUAUGACUGAUUACUUGGGUCUUAGCGUUGCUCUUGGUACUUUACGAACUAAUGUCGACCAAAAACUGGAAACGCGAGGAAAGUUGGCGGGACUGUUUGCCAGUCAAAUAGGAAAAGACAUAAUGGAACUUAUGUUGGAUGUUAAUAAACUUAGAGACGAAGUUGUGCAACAAUGGUUAUAUGAUGAGAAAUCGGACAUAGAGAAAGUGCUAGAAGUUCUCGAUGAUCUGACGGAGAAACUAGCGGCAUGCUCCGCUCGAGAUAAACAGAUACGCGAGUGGCAGAAGGUCUUUAAGAUACCUCCUGCGAGACUGGAACAACUUGAUGAAGCAAUAAACGAUGUUAAGCUGCGCCAAAUGUUGUGGAAGAAUUCCAAGGAGUGGAAUGAAUCCUAUGCAGCGUGGUACGAAGCUCCAUUUAACACGUUGGAUAUAGAUGAAAUUCAAACAACAACUAUAAACUUUGGCAAAGCCUUUAACCAACUUGACAAAGGAUUGCCGCCAAACAAAAUAGUUCCCGGGUGCAAAGAGACAAUCGAUAUUAUUAAAGAUAAACUACCAGUAAUGUCGUAUCUUCGUAACCCAGCAUUAAAACCGCGCCAUUGGGUCCGUAUUGAAGAAAUAUUACACACGCGUUUCACACCCGAUAUGGUGGUGACUCUUAAGAUGUUAGAAGACCUCGGUGCGUUUCAACAUGCCGAAGAAUUAAUGGAAGUGGCAGGACAGGCCAGUUCUGAGGCUGGCUUAGAAGGACUACUUAAGAAAGUAGAAGAAAUUUGGGCGGCGCUAGAGUUCCCAGUCCUACUCCACAAGGACGCUCGAGAUGUGUACGUGCUUGGAGGCUUGGAUGAGAUUCAAGCAGCUGUCGAUGAAAGUAACAUCCACGUCAGCACAAUUCUUAGUUCGAGGAAUUGUGGGCCUAUUAAGAGUAGAGUCGAAGAGUGGUCUAAAAACUUAGAACUCUUCGCUAGGACUCUGGAAGAGUGGUACGCGUGUCAACAAACCUGGAUAUAUCUGGAGGUGAUAUUCUCAGCACCAGACAUCCAGAGACAGCUGCCAAAUGAAACUAGACUUUUUACAAUGGUCGAUAAGUCAUGGAAGGAUAUCAUGCGAAAAUUAGCUAAAGUUCCACUCGCAAUGCCAGCAGCUACUCAACCGAAGCUAUACGAAGAAUUUGUCAAGAACAAUGAAAUGUUGGAUCAGAUAAUGAAAUGUCUAGAAGCAUAUCUAGAAACAAAAAGAGUAGCAUUCCCGAGAUUCUUCUUCCUUUCCAAUGAUGAAUUACUAGAAAUUUUAGCACAGACACGUAAUCCACACGCAGUACAACCACAUCUUCGUAAAUGCUUUGACGCUAUCGCAAAACUGGAAUUCGGAGUGAAGUUACCAGAAAGUGAAAUGGAAGUGACAGAAGAUGGUACACUUGUUGAAAAAGAAAUGUCUUUCGCAACCAGAGACGCACUUCAAGCCAGAUUGGCUAAAACCGCUAAAGCUGAGGAUUUGACCACCGAUAUAAUUGCCAUGUUGUCACCGGAAGGAGAGAGGAUUAAUCUGGGCAAAGGCCUUAAAGCUCGUGGUAAUGUAGAAGACUGGCUGGGCAAAGUUGAAGAAGCAAUGUUUGCCUCCGUUAAACGAUGUAUGAAGGUUGCACUCAGGGACUAUCAAAUGCGACCUAGAGUCGAAUGGGUAGCGUUACAUCCUAACCAGGUGGUCCUAACCGUCUCACAGACUACGUGGGCUCGCGGUAUUCAUGAAAUAUUUGACCUUGAAAUACCUUUACGUAUUGACACAGCUCUCAUGAACUACGAAACGAAAUGUAUUGCUGAUCUUAACGACUUAGCUGCGUUGACACGUCAAAAUUUGACAUCAUUAUUCAGGAAAGUUCUGUGUGCCUUAAUUACUGUUGAUGUCCACGCCAGAGAUACUAUAACUCACAUGGUGGAGAAACAUGUGCAAAGACCCAAUGACUUUGAAUGGCUGAAAAUGAUUCGUUACUAUUGGGAAGAAGAUAUUGACAAUUGCGUAGCGCGAAUGUCUAGUGCCAUGUAUAUAUAUGGUCAUGAGUACUUGGGGGCUGGAGGCGUAUUGGUAAUAACUCCGUUGACAGAUAGGUGCUAUCUGUGCCUAAUGGGAGCACUCCAGCUGGACUUAGGCGGGGCUCCUGCAGGACCGGCUGGAACAGGCAAGACUGAAACUACAAAGGACUUAGCCAAAGCAUUGGCUAUACAAUGUGUUGUAUUUAAUUGCUCUGAGGGGUUGGACUACAAGAUGAUGGGGAGGUUCUUCUCGGGACUGGCAACGUCAGGUGCUUGGUGCUGUUUCGACGAAUUCAACAGAAUAGAUAUUGAAGUACUGUCUGUCAUUGCACAACAACUCAUUACUAUAAGAAACGCAAAAGUCGCUAAGCAAUCUAGGUUUAUGUUUGAGGGUCGAGAAAUUAAAUUAGUACGGACGUGCGCUGCAUUUAUUACAAUGAACCCGGGAUAUGCAGGUAGAACUGAACUGCCGGACAAUUUAAAGGCUUUGUUUCGACCGAUAUCUAUGAUGGUUCCUGAUUAUGCACUGAUCGCUGAAGUCAUCCUUUACUCCGAAGGCUUCGAAUCUUCGAAGGGUUUAGCAAAGAAAAUGGUACAAAUGUAUAAAUUGUCAAGUGAACAGCUUUCGAAGCAGGAUCACUACGAUUUUGGAAUGAGAGCUGUGAAGAGUGUACUUGUAAUGGCUGGUGCGUUAAAGCGCGCCAGUCCCGACCAACAUGAAGAAAUGACGCUAUUAUGUGCCCUCAAUGAUAGCAACUUACCAAAAUUUCUCGCUGCCGAUGCUAUCCUAUUCGCCGGUAUAUUAUCUGAUUUGUUUCCUGGAGUCAGCUUACCAGUACGAGACUACGGAAUCAUGGAGGAAGUUAUAAAGAUCAUAUUUUUGGAACGCAAACUGCAAAUAGAGAUGUGUCAAAUACGGAAGGUGAUACAAUUGCACGAAACAAUGAUAGUGCGUUGGGGUGUCAUGUUGGUGGGGCCGACUGGAGGUGGGAAGACAACCGUAUUACACGUGUUAGGUGAUACAUAUACAAGGUUAUAUGAGCGUGGUGAAGAGAAUCCGACAUAUCAGCUUGUACAUAAAUACAUAAUGAACCCUAAGAGUUUGAGUAUUGGUGAGCUUUACGGGGAAGUGAACUUGCAGACCUUGGAGUGGCAUGAUGGGAUCUUACCAUUGUCUCUACGUACCGCUGUCCAGUGCGAAGACCCUGACCACCAAUGGCUCAUCUGUGAUGGACCUGUAGAUGCGGUGUGGAUUGAAAAUAUGAACACAGUUCUCGAUGACAAUAAAAUGCUAUGUCUCUCAAACUCCGAAAGAAUUAAACUAACGCCAUAUGUACAUAUGGUUUUUGAGGUGGCUGACUUAGCACAGGCCUCACCAGCGACAGUUUCUCGAUGUGGCAUGGUUUACAUUGACCCCGGAGAGCUUGGAUACUUACCAUACGUCAGAUCCUGGCUGGAUGAGGGAAUCGAGAAGAACCUCUUCACUCAAGAAAACUCUGAAUUUAUAUACGAGCUCUAUAAGAUGCUAGAAGUUGGAGUCACACAUGUCAAUACUAAAUGCAGUGUCGGAAUUAAACAGGUGGACAUAAGCAAAAUAUCAGCCCUUUGCUACCUAAUGGGGGCUUUACUGUCUGAACCUGGCGAACGGUUUCCGGACAAAGCAGCCGUUAAGACUUAUAUUGCAUAUUGCUUCAUAUUCUGCUACGUGUGGUGCAUUGGAGGGAACAUCUUGGAAAUUAAUCGAAAGACUUUUGAGGAAGUGAUCAAGAGGCAGUUUGAGACUUUUGAAGAAGCUGAAUAUUUUCCACAAGGUUUUAAUUUUUUCGAUAUGUAUAUGGAUACAAAGCAUCGCAAAUUAAAAGUAUGGGCGGAAAUAAUUCCAGAAUUUCUUUACGACUGUAAUAAGCCCUUCUUUGAAACCUUAGUGCCCACUAUAGAUACGGUGCGCUACGGGUAUUUAUUUGAAAAGCUGCUUAGUGCCGGGAAACCGGUUAUGUUUACUGGCAACACUGGUGUGGGAAAAACUGUGAUUGCUGCUGAGAUAUUAAACAAAAUGUCUACCUCUGGUACUUAUAUACCAGUUAUUUUAAACUUCUCAGCGCAAACUAGCAGCGCACGGACACAGGAAGUGAUUGAACUCCGACUGGAAAAGCGACCACGUAAAGCUAUCGGUGCUCCUCUUGGCAAAAAAGUGAUAAUCUUUAUUGAUGACGUCAACAUGCCCCGCCUUGAUGUGUAUGGAGCUCAACCGACGAUUGAAUUACUAAGACAAUAUUUGGACUUUGGUGGCGUUUACGACCGAGACAAAUUGUACUGGAAGGAUAUCCUCGAUGUGGUAUUGUCAUGCGCGUGCGCACCGCCUGGCGGCGGGCGGAAUCCUCUCACUGCGAGAUUUGUUCGACACUUCGCUAUGUUCUAUAUUUCAGCACCGAACUCAGAAGCCAUGAAGACAAUUUUUAAAGCGAUUCUAAACGGUCACAUGGAAGACUUUGUUACCGAGGUGUCGGUUCUGGGCGAGCCAAUUGUAAAUGCGGCGGUUGAUGUUUACCUAAAAAUAUGCGCUGAAUUGUUGCCGACACCAGCGAAAUCCCACUACGUGUUCAAUUUACGAGACCUUUCAAAAUGCAUGCAGGGUGUUUUGCAGGCAAAUGCGGCCUAUAUGAGAUUACCGCAGGCGAUGCUAAGGCUAUUCUACCAUGAGUGCUUGCGCGUGUUUCACGAUCGUCUCAUCAACAUAGAAGAUAAAAGUUAUUUCUACCACCUUAUGUGCAAUGUGUGUAAUAAAAAUUUCCAGCAACCGAUUCUUGAAAUACCCGAAGAACCAAUUAUUGAAUCACCACCUGUUCUUCUCUUUGGGGACUUUCUUAAUUCUUCUGUUCCAAAAGAAAAUAGAACUUAUCAAGAAAUCCCUGAUAUACAGAAGCUCAUAGUAGUUUUAAAGGAAUACUUGGAUGAAUAUAACUCUACUGCUCGGGCGGAAAUGAAUUUGGUACUAUUCAGAGACGCCGUAGAGCACGUAGCUCGCGUAGCAAGAGUGCUAAGAGCUGAGAGAGGUCAUAGUUUGAUGGUCGGCCCUGGUGGCUCUGGUAGAAGAUCCGUGGCGACCCUAGCAGCCCACGUUAAUGAGUGCAAGUGCAUGGGAAUGGAACUGAAACGUAAUUAUGACACACCGGAAUUCCACGACGAUCUUCGUAAGAUGUAUAUGCGAGCUGGGGUUGGGUGUGAAGAUACUGUCUUCUUAUUCACAGACACGCAGAUUACAAAAGAAGAGUUUUUGGAGGAUAUUAAUAAUAUGCUGAAUUCUGGAGAAGUUCCAAACCUUUUUGAGGGUGAUACUUACGAGCAAGUACAGACGGGUUGUCGAAAUGAUGCGGCUAAGACUGGAAUAAAUCCGGCAGACAGAGACUCAGUGUACUACUUCUUUAUCAAUCGUGUUCGUGCAAAACUACAUCUAUGUGUGUGUAUGAGCCCCGUCGGCGAAGCGUUCCGGCGCCGUUGCCGUAUGUUCCCGUCGCUGGUGAACUGCUGUACUAUUGACUGGUUCACAAAAUGGCCACCAGAAGCAUUACUUUCCGUCGCUGAACAGUGCCUUCAGCCUCUUGGAGACCAAAAUAUUAUACACAAGAUCUCUAUGCUAUGCGUCACAAUGCAUCAGGAUGUAGACGUAAUGACUGAUCGACUGUAUGACGAAAUGCGACGUUAUUUCUACACAACACCAAGUAGUUAUUUGGACCUCUUGAAGCUGUACCUAGGUCUUCUGGACAAGAAACAACAGGAGAUAAUACGAGGGCGGGACAGAAUCUCCUGUGGACUACAUAAACUAUACGAGACGUACGAAGUAGUCGGCGUUAUGGAGCAACAGGUGCGUGAUAUGGAGCCAGUACUCGCUAAGAAAGCUGAAGAAGGCAUGGCGUUAGUAGCUCGUUUGAAGGUGGAACAGAAGGCUGCAGAUGAAGUAAAGCAAGCUGUUAUGAAGGAUGAGGCGGCAGCAAAGGUUAAAGCUGAAGAGGUAAAGCAGAUCGCAGAUGAAGCAAAAGCCGAUCUGGCUCUCGCGAUGCCAGCUAUGGAAGCUGCACAAAAUGCCCUCAAAGCCUUAAAUAAAGCAGACAUAAAUGAAUUAAAGGCUUUCCAGAAGCCACCCGCCCUGGUGCGCUUUGUGAUGGAGCCUGUCUGCAUACUACUCGGUGCUAAGCCUGAUUGGGACUCAACUAAAAAGAUGCUGGCAGAUGUGAAUUUUAUCCGAAAUCUAGAAGAGUACGACAAAGAUCACAUACCUGACGCCCUUUUGAAGAAAAUCAAAGUGUAUCUUACCCAUAAGGAUUUUAAUCCCGAAACCGUUGUUAAAGUUUCAAAGGUAUGCCGUUCGAUGGUGUUAUGGGUGCAAGCGAUUGACAUGUAUGCAAAAGUGUUCAGAGUCGUCGAGCCAAAGAUUUUAGCGCAUAAAGAAGCUGCGGCCAUAUUGAAGAGUGUAAUGGCUGUCUUAAGAGCUAAACAGAAGGAAGUUGAGGCCAUAGAAGCACAGCUUGCAAAAAUGUUGGAUGAGCUUAAGGUCGUCGAAGAAGAACGUCAGAAGCUGCAAGCUGACGUUGAUUUGGCCGCGGCGAGGUUGUCGCGUGCAGGAAAAUUGACACAGGCCCUGGCAGACGAGAAAACACGUUGGGAAGAAAGCGUGCAGACGGCAACAUACAAACUCAAGUGUACGACCGGUGAUAUAAUUAUUGCCUCCGGUUGUAUCGCCUACUUCGGCGCAUUUCCUUCCCACUACCGACGGGAACUUGAAAGCAAAUGGGUCGAACAUUGCCACUCACUUGAGAUUCCCUCCUCCGAUAGUUUUGACUUAAUUCAGGUUAUGGCUGAUUCAUACACUGUGCGAACUUGGAACGCCCAGGGACUUCCACGCGACGCUGUUUCCACCGAGAAUGGAAUUUUAGUUACUAGAGCUGGAAGAUGGCCCUUAACGGUUGACCCACAGGAACAGGCAAACAGAUGGAUCAAGAGUAUGGAGAAGGAGAACGGACUACAAAUCACGAAGCUUGUGGAUUCUGGGUACUUGCGUGUCUUAGAAAAUUGUAUUAGACUCGGUUGGCCAAUGCUUAUAGAAGAUCUUGGCGAGCAGCUCGAAGCAACUCUGUCGCCUGUCUUGCUUAAACAGACGUUUCUUCAGGCUGGACGGUUACUCAUACACCUGGGUGACAGCGAUAUUGAGUAUGACACUAACUUCCGGUUAUACCUAACCACGAAACUGGCUAAUCCACACUACUUGCCCGAGAUCUGUAUUCAAGUGACUCUAGUUAACUUUACAGUUACGUUAUCGGGUCUCGAAGAACAGCUGUUAGCGGAUGUUGUACGUUUAGAACGCCCGGACUUAGAGGUGUUACGUACGGAAUUGAUAGUUCGGAUCAAUGCAGACAAAGCGACAUUGCUAGAGAUCGAAGAUAAGAUACUACGGCUGCUAUAUGCAUCUUCAGGAAACAUCCUUGAUGAUGAAGAACUUAUAGAGACCCUCAACGAAAGUAAGGAAACAUCUGAAAUAAUAAACGCGCGUUUAGCCGAAACAGAAGCUACUGAAGUGAGCAUAUCCGCAGCGCGCGAGAAGUAUCGUACUGUGGCAACCCGGGGCGCUGUAUUGUAUUUUGCGGUUGCACAACUAGCCGAAAUUGACCCAAUGUACCAGUUCUCAUUGAAAUAUUUUACACAGGUCUUUAACCUUGUGAUAGAGAAGAGUGAAAAAUCUGAUAUACUUGAGAAGAGAUUAGAAAUUCUACACGAUGAGAUCACUCUAUCCGUCUAUAGGAAUGUUUCUCGAGGCCUUUUCGAAAGACAUAAGCUUGUAUUCAGUUUUCUUUUGAAUAUGGCAAUAUACUUACACGCUGGAAAGGUUAGCUCGGAACAAUGGAACUAUAUAUUGAGAGGACCAGCGGGAACUAAAGUUGUGCCAGCGAAGAAACCGCCGGUCGAAACAUUAUCAGACCAGCAAUGGUUGUCAGCAAAUCAUUUGAAUGAAAUGGAUCCAAGUUUUGCUGGCCUACUUGAAGACUGUCUAAGGAAAAUAGAUAUCACUCUUGGAACAUUUAGUGUGGAAAUUUAUAUAAAUGUAAAAGACAAGACCCCAGCAAAGAAAGAUUGGAAUGCAAUCCUUACUCCAUUUGAGAAACUAAUGAUUAUCAAGAGCCUUAAGGAAGAGAAGUUAGUGUUCGCGAUAGCUCAGUACGUGAGCACCUGUCUUGGCAACGUUUUCAUUGAAAGUCCAACUGUCCAACUGAGUACACUAUAUGCCGAUACAGCUGCUCCGAUACCCCUCGUGUUUGUACUAAGUACGGGUUCAGAUCCAUUUGCAGCGUUUCUCAAGUUCGCUACAGAAAUGGGAAUGCGUGAUCGACUGCAUUCUAUAUCCUUAGGCCAAGGUCAGGGUCCUGUUGCAGAAAAGAUGAUUAACGCGGCAAAGCCCAAAGGAGAUUGGGUUUUCUUACAGAACUGCCACUUAGCAGCGUCCUGGAUGUUAAGUUUAGAAAUUAUAGUGGCUCUAAUGAGCGGAGAAUCAACCGGGCCACAUCCAGACUUUAGGCUUUACUUAAGCUCCAUGCCCACCCCGAAGUUUCCUGUCUCAGUCCUCCAAAACUCUGUAAAAGUUACCAAUGAACCACCAAAAGGUUUGAAGGCAAACGUCAAACGGGCAAUGAUUGAAAUGGACGAGGAUUUCUUCGAAAACCACAUUCUAGGCCAAGACUGGCGCACAAUGCUCUUUGGAAUAUGUAUGUUUCAUGCUAUUAUACAAGAGAGAAAGAAAUUCGGCCCUCUCGGGUGGAAUAUUACAUAUGAAUUUAACAAUAGUGAUCGCGAAUGCGCCAUGCUAAAUUUGCAGAUGUUUUGCGAAGAUGGUCAUAUUCCGUGGGAUGCCUUGGAGUAUAUUACGAGCCAAAUAACGUAUGGGGGUCGAGUUACAGACAUGUGGGAUCAGCGUUGUUUGACAACAAUUUUAACACUAUUCUUUUCCGCUCCGACUUUAGAAGAGGGGUACAUAUACUCUUCCUCUGGCACCUAUUUUUGUCCCAGGGCUGAAAAAUUAGAACAAGUUAGAGAGUAUAUAGAAACGCUACCCGGUAUUGAAAACCCCGAAAUAUUCGGAAUGCACGAGAACGCUAAUAUUGCUUUUGAGAAUAAAGAAACAACUACGCUGGUACAGACUAUAGUCGAUGUACAGCCUCGAGCAGGUGGUGGUGGAGGCGGGGAAACCCCAGAUCAAAUAGUUUGGAGAAUUUGUGAGAACACUCGAGCAGUCGUUCCCACCAAAAUUGAUAGAACUCUCAUACAUUCAGACCUAAUGGUGCCAGACGACAUGGGCCAGUUGCACUCUUUAACCAUUGUACUUCUGCAUGAAACGGAUAGAUUCAAUAAACUUUUAUCCUUAAUACACGUAUCUUUAAAUGAACUUCAAAAAGCUAUAAAGGGUGUGGUGGUCAUGUCGGAGGCUUACGAAGAAGUAUUUAGCUCCUUCCUCAACAACAAAGUGCCGGGAAUGUGGCACAAAUCUGGCUAUAACUCGCUCAAGUCAUUGGGAAGCUGGAUACAUGAUCUCACCUUGAGAGUUGACUUUAUUGAGAAAUGGUUAAUCGAUGGCGCCCAAGUAAGCAGCUGGGUGUCGGGUCUGUUUUUCCCCCAAGGUCUUUUAACGGGCGCUUUGCAGGCGUACGCUAGACGAUACAGAGUGCCAAUCGAUGCACUCAUGUUUGACUUUGAGCCUAUUCCCCUUUUUCUAUCGCAGGAAGAUGUGUAUAAGUUUAACAAAAGAAAGAACAAGGAGGAUGAUGGUAGCAGUGUUUUUGGGGAUCUUAAGCGACCUGAAGACGGGGUAAACAUUCAUGGUCUAUUCAUAGACGCAGGUCGCUGGGACACGAAAAAAAAUUGCCUAACAGAUGCCUUGCCGGCACAAAUGAAUCCGCCUCUGCCGGUGGUGCGGUUCAAGCCAGUACUAUCUCUUCCGAAACCGGACCCGCGCUACGAAGCACCGCUAUACAAGACUUCGGAAAGGGCCGGCACUCUGUCAACUACAGGACACAGUACAAACUUCGUUCUGCCUGUAUUACUUCCCGCUGAUAUGCCUUCAGAAUUCUGGAUUAUUCGCGGCACUGCUCUUUUAACGCAAAUUACAGACUAG